AAAUGUCUGCUUUUCCGUCCCCUGCUGCAGUUCAUUCACCCGCGCUCCCGGACCUUAUCCCAAUCUCUUCGUUCUCCCACUGGUGGAGGAAGAGAGGGAGCUCGGCGUCUCCUCCUCUAAGCACUAUUCUGUCGGAAUGCGCUUCAGCGUAGUUCUUGUUUCCGCCGUUUUACAUGGGUUCUCUUUGCCAUCCAUCGCUUGUUCUCCCUAGCCUGGCCGGAUCCCUAGGAGGCCGCUCCAUGGAGCUCUGCGGAGCCUUCCACCCGCUGUUCCUCGGCCGGAGGGCUUCCCUCGAGUCGUCUCAUCUCGCUUCCACUAAUAGUUUUGCUUUCCCUUGUACCUUUCAGUUGAUGCAAUUACACAAUUUUAUGAGGAUCAACCUACAUGUUGGAGUUUAUGCUUGCUUUUCUAGAUCUCCUUCGACGCCGAUAAGGAAUGGUUAUUCAUCCAUGCAAGGCAAUGGAUUGUGCAAAAUAUAUUGGAGUAUUGAAGCUGACAUAGGGGACAGCCAACUCAUAUUCCUGACAGGGGAUCUAGCAUCUUUAGGCUGCUGGAAUCCAGAUUUAGCUGUGCUUUUGUCUCCUUCCACAGAAUGUAAUCACUUAUGGUAUGCUAACAUAAAGGUACCUAAUGGGAGUCAUUUAAAGUACAAUUAUUUUCUAAAGAACAAGAAACCGCUGGCUGGUGGCCUUAUUUGGAGGCCAGGGCCUGCAUUUUCCUUGUCAGUGCCUCUCGGAAAUAAAGAACAGGAAGAGAUUGUAGUAAGAGAUUCUUGGAUGAGAACUAGAUUAGGAAGUUGCCCGAACCCCUCAUGGGGUUCAUGGAUGUUGGAUAUAGAACUUCCUGUUGGUGUUGGAGAUGGACAUCACAUCAAUGAGGUCAUUCAUGGAACUCCAUCUACCGGUGAACAAGAGAUAUUGUCAAAUUCCAAUGGGCGUCUUUCAAAUAGGAAGCAGCUUCCUGCAGGUCAAACUUUUAAUAACCAUAUUGCCAAGGAGAAGGAUUUAGCUGUUACUUCUGGCAGUUUAGGAGAGAUAUUGCCCGAACGAGACCAACCAGUUGAAGAACCCUGGCUAUUUCGAUCUUCACUAUCAUCUAUGGUUGAACCAAACAACUUGGAUGUUGCUUCUGAACAAGAUAAAAGUCACCAAAUUGAAUCUCCUGGAAACUUGUGUUAUGAGACAGGAAAGCCAAUACCUGAAGAGAUCAGACUAUCUUAUCCUGAGAAAUCUGCUUGGAUAGUUAUACUGAUUAACUCUUCCAUAUGUACCAUGCAAAGAAUUGCCAUUUUGGAAGAUGGAAAGCUUGUUGAGCUACUACUAGAACCAGUUAAAAAUAAUGUACAGUGCGACAGUAUCUAUUUAGGAGUUGUGACGAAACUUGUUCCUCAUAUGGGUGGUGCAUUUGUGGAUAUUGGGAUUUCUCGACCUUCUCUUAUGGACAUAAAGCAAAACAGAGAACCAUUUGUGUUUCCUCUUUUCAAACAAGAAAUUAGGAGAGAAUAUGUCAAUGGCUUUGCUAGCACUGAAAAAAGUAAACAGGCAAACAUCAAUGAAAAUGACCAGUUCUUGGAUGAUGAGGAUGGUAUUGAGAAUGUCUUAGAGGUUGAUGAUGAAGUUGCUUACACACGAGAAGAUUUUGAGGAUCCUGAAACAGAUGAUGAAAUUGAUGUUGUUGACGUUCCUAGAAAUAUGAGUUUUGCUAGUGAUUUUGUUGGCAACGAGGAUUAUUCUGAAGAGUUUGAAGUAAAUGAGAGUCACUUGCAUGAUGAUGUUGUUGAGAAUCGUUCCACUUUAGCAGCAGAAGUGAUUAAGGAUUCUAAUUUUUCACAUCCCAUACAAAAUUCAGGUAAGUCGGAAAAUUCCAAAUUAGCUGAUAACAAAUGGGCUAAUGUUCGCAAAGGCACCAAAGUCAUUGUUCAGGUGGUUAAAGAGGGGUUAGGAACAAAAGGUCCAGCUCUCAGUGCUUAUCCGAAGUUGAAAAGCCGAUUUUGGGUUUUGACAAGUCGUUGUGAUAGAAUUGGGGUGUCAAAGAAGAUCACUGGCAUUGAGCGAGCACGCUUGAGGGCUAUUGCAAAAACUCUGCAACCUUUGGGUUUUGGUUUGACCGUACGAACUGUUGCUGCUGGUCAUUCCCUGGAGGAGUUGCAUAAAGAUCUGGAUAGUUUGCUUACUACCUGGAAAUGCAUAAUUGAGCAUGCAAAAUCUGCAGCACUUGCUGCGGUAGAGGGGGUAGAAGGUGCAACUCCGGUGAUGUUGCACAAAGCAAUGGGUCAAACUCUGUCCGUUGUGCAGGAUUACUUCAAUGAAAAGGUUGAGAGCAUGGUUGUAGAUUCUCCUCGAACUUAUCAUGAGGUUACUAGUUACCUUCAUGAGAUUGCACCUGAUUUAUGUCAACGUGUUCAGUUAUAUGAUAAAAGAACUCCCAUAUUUGAUGAAUACAACAUUGAAGAAGAGAUCAACAACAUCCUAAGUAAGAGGGUUCCACUUUCAAAUGGAGGUUCUUUGGUGAUUGAACAGACUGAGGCGCUUGUUUCAAUUGAUGUCAAUGGAGGUCAUGGCAUGUUUGGACAAGAGUCAUCUCAAGAAAAAGCAGUUCUGGAGGUCAAUCGUACCGCCGCAAGACAAAUUGCUCGGGAGCUGCGUCUAAGGGAUAUUGGUGGCAUCAUUGUAGUGGAUUUUAUUGAUAUGGCUGAUGAAUCAAAUAAGAGGUUAAUAUUUGAAGAGAUGAAGAAGGCAGUCGAAAGAGAUCAUUCAAUGGUCAAAGUAUCUGAGCUAUCCAAACAUGGAUUGAUGGAAAUAACCAGAAAGAGGGUUCGUCCCAGUGUUACAUUCAUGAUUAGUGAGCCAUGCUCUUGUUGUCACGCAACUGGACGUGUUGAAGCCAUAGAAACAUCAUUUUCAAAGAUUGAACAUGAAAUUUGCCGAUUACUUGCCGCCAUGGAUCAUAAACCAGAUCCUGAGAAUGUAAAAUCCUGGCCACAAUUUGUGCUGAGGGUGGAUCGAUUCAUGUGCAAUUACCUAACAUCUGGAAAACGCACCAAACUGGCCGUCCUGAGUAGUGCGUUAAAAGUGUGGAUUUUACUGAAGGUUGCUAGAGGAUUUUCUAGAGGUACAUUUGAAGUGAAGCCAUUCACAGAUGAGAAGGAAAAUGAGGGCCAAAGAGUAGCUAUUUCCAGAUUAAGACAUACAGGAGCUACAAGUUACAUUCCAAACACCAAAGUAACUAUCUUCCCAUUGAAAAAGUGGAAAGGGCGCAUCAAAUGAUAAAUUUUACUUCAAUUUCUGCAUCUUUCUGAUUCAUUUAAGAGGCAAACAUCUUGGUUUGUGUGGUUUUGUUCUCUGCAGAUGUCUGGCUGUUAUUGAUAUCACACUUAUUUGUUUAUGUAUUUGAUUUUGAGCUGUGAUUGGUUGAUUUUCGGCUUGGAAAUGAUCAUUGAGCUGCUUGUAAUCUUUUUUGUUUUCUCUGUAUGUUUAGGCCAUUUGGAAUUGUUGCAGGGAUAUUUACAUACAUCACAAUUUUUAUGUAUUUUAUAUUUCGAACA